AUGGCAUCUGUUGCAUCAGCUGGUAAACUUCCAUUGCUGGACGAUCAGCGUACAAAGAAGAAGCCCAUCUCCGUACGGGACAUCGAUACCCUCCCAGAGAACAGAAGCCAUAUCUGGCCGACCUCCGAGAUCGAAGAUGUUCUUGGCGGCAUUGAUGCUGUCGAGCCUAACACGAAACUUACUUGGAAAGGAGUCGCUGAGCUCUUGGCUUGUGAUAUCGGUGCGCACCAGAUUGCAUACUUGUUGACUGAUUUUGAAAAUGGAAGGACCAAUGAUAGGAGCCUCAGCAGCAACUGGCAGGGACAGCUCCCAAUUAAUCUGUUCCCCGAGAAGGAUCGAAUAUGCAAGCCGACCGUCGAGUGUCGUUUCGCCGGCGGCACUCUUGAUGCAGAAUGGGUUGUUACUUGGGCCAAGAUCCAGUGCCGUCUGCUCGAGUGGGCUCGAGACGCGGAUCCUGCACAGUUCAUGAGCGUCAUUGGUAAGUUAUCUCGCGAUGAUCAUUCUCAGGAGUGUACAUACGAUGUCCUGGACUUCCUGAGGGAUAUUGGCAUGUACACAGAACUCAAGUAUUGCCAAGAGCGUCUUCGCAGGUGUGAGGAAGCUUGGUACCAGUGCAUGCUGUUGAAGAAGGCCCAGUUGAACAAGCCUGACAAGUCUGACAAGUCUGCCGAGUCGAAUUGA